GUACAUUAUUCGCUUCACUCUGUUUGGGGAAUGUAAAAAACUCUAAAAAUACUUUUGGAACUUUAGGGGACGCGGCUACUUUUGUUCGACCUUUUUAGUCAACGAGGAAUGUAAAUGUGCGCUUGGUGCAUUAAUUGUUACAAGUGACGGGCUGAACUCUUGUAUUAAACAGCCCGUGGUUUUAACCCAAUAGAACGUUACUCACUGGACGCUGCUCCUGUUGACUGUUAACACUGAGCCACAGAUUUAAAGCCAGCUAUAAACACAUUCGUUGUUUUUCUCAUUGUUUUUUAACUUUGCUUUACUUUAUACCACCUUCCAGUCGUGGCCAACAGAAGCUCAGCGGAGCAGCGUCUGGACGCAAACAGACGCUCGUGACCCGUUUUUCUUGGUGGUCUUUAGCCCAGAGUCCAUAAAGCUGCUCAGUGAGCAGUUUGUGUUGGAUGGAGCGACGCUAACGCUAAUGCUGAACAAGGAACAAUGCGGCUUUAAAUGUCCCGUGAGCCGCUGCUGCUGCCGCUGAGCUUUUUGAAAGUUGAAUGUGUCUUUUUAGCAGCGUUGUCAUGGAAGACAGCGAUGAAGAGGACACGUGCAGUACGAGCCUGGUUGUACUCGGUGAUGAGCUCAAGGCGCGGAUGCUGAGGUUCGUGGAGGAGAGGACAGAAGUCAAUACGUGGACGGCGGUGCUGAUCGGAGCUGCCACAGCUGUUUGUAUAGUUGGAGUUGUUCUGUUCCUUCUCUACAGACGAUACCAACAGUCAAAGAAGCCUGGUGUUCACUACCGCUUCAGGAAGAGAGACAAGGUCAUGUUUUAUGGCAGGAAGAUCAUGAGAAAGGUUCAGACCCUGUCCUCCACCUCGAGCUCGGCCUCCCGUGAGAGGGUGAGGAAGAGAACCAAAGUGCUGUCGCUGGCUCGCAAGAUCCUGCGGAUCCGGAAGGAGCCCCCCACCCUGCAGCCCAAGGAGCCUCCCCCCAGUCUGCUGGAGGCGGACCUGACCGAGUCAGACGUGCAGAACUCCCACUUGCCCUCUGAAGUGCUGUACAUGCUGAAAAAUGUCAGGGUACUCGGCCACUUCGAGAAGCCCGUGUUUCUGGAGCUGUGUCGCCACAUGCUGCUGAUCAGUCUGCACCAGGGAGAGGGUCUCUUCAGACCGGGAGACACGGACGACAGCAUUUAUGUGGUUCAGGACGGCCGUCUGGAGCUGUGCAUCCACGAGAGUGACGGUACAGAUGCCGUGGUCAAAGACGUUUUACCGGGAGACAGCGUCCACAGUUUACUCAGCAUCCUGGACGUCAUCACCGGCUACCCCGCCCCGUACAAGACGGUGUCUGCAAGAGCGGCCGUCCCCUCCACCGUCCUGCGUCUUCCAGCUGCAGCCUUCCAGUCUGUUUUUGAGAAAUAUCCUGAAACUCUGGUCCGAGUCAUCCAGAUAAUCAUGGUGCGUCUUCAGAGAGUCACCUUCCUUGCCCUUCACAACUACCUCGGCCUGACCACUGAGCUCUUCAACCCGGAGAGCCAGGCUGUCUCCCUGCUGUCGGUGGCUCACGUUCUGGGGGACACUCAUGCUCACAGAGGCCUCCGCAGGCAGACGUCACAUCCUGACGAGCCGGGCUCUGAAAAAAUGGAUCGAGGUGAAAGUUCAUCGGACCUCAUCAGAGUUUAUGAGCAGGACAGCUUUCAUCCUGCUGCUUUGAAGUCGAUUCUGAAGAAGGCCGGCACCGUGCAGCCAACCUCAUCGGCCGUUUCCCUCUGUAGUGGAAACGAGAGAGAAAAUAAAGUCAGCGCCCUUUUCCAAGCUGCCAAACGGGAUUUGCUGCAGGUCAUCCACAUAAAGGACCCGACUCUGCUUGACGGAAGGGUGAGUCUUCAUCAGGUCAAGGCUGGUUCUGUUGUGGCCCACCAGGGGGACCAGGACGUGAGCGUGGCGUUCGUCAUCUCGGGUUCGCUCCACGUCUACCAGCGAAUGAUUGACAGCGAGGUGGAGUCUCUGCUGUUCGUCACCCACCCGGGGGAGAUGGUCAGUCACCUCGCCGUUCUCACAGGGGAGCCCCUCAUUUUCAGCGUGAAGGCUCACAGGGACUGCACCUUCCUCUGCAUCUCCAAGGCCCACUUCUACGAGAUAAUGCGUGAGGAGCCCUGGGUGGUCCUGAACGUAGCUCACACGGUGGUGAAGAGGGUGUCGCCGUUUGUCAGACAGAUCGACUUUGCUUUGGACUGGAUGGCUGUGGAGGCGGGGCGUGCUGUCUACAGACAAGGAGACAAAUCAGACAGCACCUUCAUCGUCCUCAGUGGCCGACUUCGCUCGGUCAUCGCCAAGGAUAAUGGGAAGAAGGAGCUGGCCGGAGAGUACGGGCGCGGGGACCUGAUCGGCGUGGUUGAGACCCUGACACACAUGAAUCGAGCCACCACAGUCCACGCCAUCAGAGACUCGGAGCUGGCCAAGCUACCUGAAGGAGCUCUGAACUCCAUAAAGAGGAGGUAUCCUCAGGUCGUGACCCGGCUCAUCCACCUGCUGGGACAGAAGAUCCUGGGCAGCAUGCAGCCGGUCAGCAGACCUCUGGCCGGCCACAGUGUGGCUCUCCACACCCACACCAGUAAGUGGGAUGCUGAAACCCUGGCGUCCAACCUGUCCACCGUGGCCAUCCUGCCGGUGUCGGAGGAGGUUCCUCUCACCUCCUUCACCCUGGAGCUGCAGCAUGCGCUCAGUGCUAUAGGUCCCACUCUCCUCCUGACCAGCGACAUCAUCCAACAGCGUCUGGGCUCUGCUGCUCUGGACAGCGUGCACGAGUACCGUCUUUCCAGCUGGCUCGGGCAGCAGGAAGACGUUCAUCGCAUCGUGCUCUACCAGUCCGACUCCAGCCUCACGCCCUGGACCCAGCGCUGCAUCCGCCAGGCCGACUGCAUCAUCAUUGUGGGCCUGGGCGAGCGGGAGCCCACCGUGGGUGAGCUGGAGCGCAUGUUGGAGAGUGGUGCCGUUCGGGCCCAGAAGCAGCUGGUGCUGCUGCACAGGGAGGACGGGCCUCCACCCAAAGGGACGGCCGAGUGGCUCAACAUGCGCAGCUGGAUCUCCAGACACCACCACCUGUCCUGCCCGCGCAGGGUGUUCUCCAGGAGGAGUUUGCCCAAGCUGAGAGAACUGUACCAGCGAGUGUUCGACAAACGCCCGGAUCGCCACUCGGACUUCUCGCGCUUGGCCCGGAUCCUGACAGGAAACAGUAUUGCUCUAGUUCUGGGAGGAGGCGGCGCCAGGGGCUGCUGUCAGGUCGGGAUCCUGCAGGCGCUCAACGACCUGGGGAUUCCUGUCGACAUGGUGGGAGGCACCUCCAUCGGCUCCUUAAUGGGAGCCCUGUAUGCUGAGGAGAAGAGUAGCAGUCGAACCAGGGUCCGGGCCCGUGAGUGGGCCAUGGACAUGACAUCUUACUUUAAGAAGAUCCUGGAUCUGACCUACCCAGUGACGUCCAUGUUCUCUGGAGCCUCCUUUAACUCCAGCAUUAGCUCAGUGUUCAAGGACAAACAAAUAGAGGACCUGUGGCUGCCGUACUUCAACAUCACCACUGACAUCACCGCCUCCUCCAUGAGAGUUCAUACCGAUGGGUCCCUGUGGCGGUACGUCAGGGCCAGCAUGUCUCUGUCUGGAUACCUCCCCCCGCUCUGUGAUCCUAAAGAUGGACACCUACUAAUGGACGGAGGCUACAUCAACAACCUGCCUGCGGACGUGGCUCGCUCCAUGGGGGCCAAGGUUGUCCUCGCUAUCGACGUUGGAAGCCAGGAUGAAACCAACCUGACCAACUACGGGGACUCGCUCAGCGGGUGGUGGCUCCUGUGGAAGCGAUUCAACCCACUGGCUGAGAAAGUAAAGGUUUUGAACAUGGCAGAGAUCCAGACCCGGCUCGCCUACGUCUGCUGCGUGCGGCAGCUGGAACUGGUCAAAGACAGCGAGUACUGCGAGUACAUCCGGCCGCCCAUCGACCACUACGGCACCUUGGACUUCGGCAGGUUUGACGAGAUAGCUGAGGUCGGGUACCAGCACGGCAAGACGCUGUUUGAUGUGUGGCACCGCAGCGGGGUGGUGGACAGCAUGCUGAAGGACCGACACCAGGAGGAGUUCCACAAGACCAAGUCCAGCCACGUGGUCACUUGCCCGAACGCCUCCUUUACAGAUCUGGCUGAGAUUGUGUCGAGGAUCGAACCAGUCAAGAACAUCCUGAUCAGUGGAGAAGUGUCUGAUGAAUACCAGACCGACUACGACGAGGAGGUGGCAGAAAGCGCCGCCUCGGACUAUGAGGGAUGAAAAAGCAUGGAAGGAGGAGACGCUCGUCUAGAAUGAUAGGAGAUAACAGGGCAAAAACGCCAGUCGUUACACAACCUAACCUUUAACUUAGAGUAAGAAAGGUGGAGUCUGACCACUGCCGCACACUCUGUUAGUUAGUGUUAGCGGUAGUUCAUGGGACCCCAGGGGAUUAAAGGAGGAACGGGCUAGUGUUCAGGUGCAUGCGUGGCUUUUAUCUCUAUUAAAAGAAGAGGAGGCACAUGUCACACGUCCCGCGACGAGCUUGUUCUUAUGUGAUGUUACAGCUGUGGGAACGUGGACUGUGAUGAGCUCAAGUCUGUCCUUCAUGAAUGUGACAUUUAGGCGUCGAUACCUGUAAACUCUCAAAUCCUAACAUCUUCACUCUUUCUCUCUUAUUGUGUAGUAACUGAACUGGAAUAAAGCUAAUGACCUGU